GUAUCCCUGGUUGAUCAAUAUGAGCUUCAUCCAACUUUCGUCUUCCAUGCCGCUCAGGGCUCUUCGAGUUCUUUAGGACCUUGGCACAGAUUCAAUUGGUAAAGUUCCUCUACUUGACCGACUUGAACGUUACGUGUUAUGGACCCACCCAGCUUGACCGGGCGUAAAUACGUAGCUUGGAAGUGAUGAUCACAUUCCGUCAUGUCUUAGUGGCGCAGCUUGAUGAGAAGGCGGAAGAAAUCAUCGCUAGAACAUGCUUAUAACGUAAGAUGCGAUCAGACAUCGACAAGAAUAUUUGACCUCAUAAUAUGAGACUGGAGAAGCGAAUUAUGUUCUUCAUGUUUCGUCUGGCGCUAGUGCGUCUGGCAUUCACAUCUCGUUUGGUUCUACUCCCACGAUUUCGCGUUUCUUUUCGACGGUCUUUUGCGAUGGGGGUUCUACCGUUGAUGCCUGGUUGAACAUGUCGACAACCAAGAUAUCGCAAUUGCUGCUGUCGCUACCUUUUGCAAUGUCGCAAAUGGGAUUCGUUUCUGGCAUACUUGCUAUCUUGAUUCAGUCUACUGUAGGCUGCUGGAGCUCUUGGAUGAUGAACACCUUAUACCUGCAGUAUCGUCAUAAUACGCUGAAAGACAACCCCCACUCUUUCAAGCGCCACACUAUACAGAUGCACGAGGUUCUUGGCGGUCUUUUAGGACGCCGCUGGGAAACAAUCACACUGAUAUUUAGCUUUGGAAUCAUGUUCAGCUUUGCAGCUAUUCAAAUGGUUGCUGUUGGAAACGUAGUAUACUACAUCAAUGACAAGUUAGAACGAAGAACUUGGACUUUAGUCCUCGGUUCAUGCUUUGCAACGACUGUCUUCAUUCCCUCCCUUCGGAACUAUAGAAUGUGGUCUUUCGCCGGUCUUGUGAUGAUCGUUUGCACUGCUUUGUAUAUGGCAUUUGCUUCUUUGGCGAUUCACCAGGAUAACGACGUGAGGCACACGGCACCACACAGCAUCAGGAGCUACUUUAACGGGUUUGCUAGCACUAUCAUAUUUGGAGCUCAUGCGAUCCCAGUAGAGCUAAUGGAUGCGAUGUGGCAACCUUCAAAAUACAAGCUGACUUCUCUCUAUUCGGACUUGUUCAUGACACCUGUGGUGCUGUUUUCGAUUAUAAGCGUCUACUGGGCUUUCGGAGACAACGUGCAGUACAAUGUCUUCUCUAUGCUCCCACGCACAAAAUUUCGUGAUGCGGCAGUGGUUCUUAUGCUCCUACAUCAGCUCAUCCAGUAUGGGAUUUGCUCACAGCCUCUAUAUAUUAUUGUAGAGAAGUGGUUUAAAAUCCAUCAGUCUUCAAGCUACUGGAAGAAAACGUUGGUCAGAACUCCGGUCUUUUUGGGAUCCUUGUUGGUGGCUAUUAUGUUCCCGUUUUAUGGAACUUUAAGCUCGGCGGCUGGGUCCAUCUUUAUGACCUGGCUAUACGUCAUUCCCUGUGCUGCGUCCGUGCUCGUCUUCUGGACUUCCAAAUCUCAAAAGAAUGCAAUCGAGCAGCCUCCGUUUGGCACGAGCUGGUUAAGUCUCCACUGCAUGAACUUGGGAGCCAUCCUUUGGAUGGCAAUCAUGGCCGGUGGCUUUGCAACGUGGGCGAGCAUCAGCGUGCUAAGGAACCAAGCUCACGAGUUUGGACUGUUCGCAAAGUGCUAUCGCUGCCCCAGAAGAGGCUCGUAGUCUGUGCUCCUCUGUGCCUUCGCAAGUAAGCAUAAACACGUUUCUUGGUCAGAUGCUCAAACUAAUGGAAAGGAUUACGUUUCCAGAUCUCUGCGCUCUGAAACAAUUUGCUACUAGUGUUUAUUCCAGAGGUUGAAAAGAGUGCUUGGCAGCUCGAGCUUCGCGGGCUUUAAGUGAACUGUGGCAAGAGCAAGCGGCAUAGUUGCAACCCUGUUCCAGGGAGAUGAAACAACGAGAAGAGCUAACCGGUGGCACGGGCAGAAAACGUGGAGGCAGUGUCAAGAAACGCAGUGGUGUUACAUGGUUGCGUUCUGGUGCGGCGGCCUGGCAUUGGAUCAUAGAAGAAGCUGCAAGCACCACAGAGGCAAGAACGAGCAUGGAGUAAAACUCUCAAAAUGAUCUCUUUUGUGGCAAAAUAUGAUGAAAGUUCUUAGACGACUA